AUGACUGUAAACUCAGUUGCCAACGGUCUCUCUAACGGGGUCAAGACGCUUCAUGAAAGACGGUUCCAAAAUGACAAGGCAAUUCCAGUGGCUUGGAAGCUUGACCCUUCUCUUCUUUCUGGCCUGAAACUUCCGCCAGAAACAUCCAAGAAUAACCUGAUAGAGCUAGAUCUUCCUCGAAAAUCUGGCAUUCUCAGCGAGCGAGAGCUAGCGAUUUCAGAAUCCUACAGCAUUGAUGAACUGCUAUCAGGCUUGGCCAAGGGUAGUUUGACCUCCUUGGAGGUAACUACGGCAUUCGCAAAACGAGCAGCAAUUGCUCAUCAGGCUACAAACUGCUUGACGGAGAUAUUCUUCGAUAAAGCCCUAGACAGAGCUCGUUCUUUGGACGCUCGGCGAGCGCAAGGCAAACCUAUCGGUCCACUGCAUGGAUUACCCAUCAGCCUCAAAGAAUGCUUUCAGGUUGACGGGAUUCCAGCUACAUUGGGCCUUCUUGCUUAUUCCAAGCAUGUCUCAACAACAAACUCUGCCCUUGUAGAGCUUCUCACCGAGCUUGGGGCAGUGCUUUACUGCAAGACCAAUAUUCCACAGACCAUGAUGGCCGCCGAUUCCCACAACUACAUCUUCGGUCGUACGUUAAAUCCUUGGAACACUAGUUUGACGGCUGGUGGCUCAAGUGGUGGAGAGUCUGCACUUGUUGCGUUUCGAGGAUCUCCCCUCGGAGUUGGAACGGACCUUGCCGGCUCUGUGCGAAUUCCUUCACUAUGCUGCGGAACGUAUGCCUUUCGUCCUUCUGCAGAUCGAAUACCCUACUCCGGGCAGCAAUCCUGUGCCAGCGGCAGUCUUCGAACUAUUACACCAUGUGCCGGCCCGAUAGCAAAUAGCAUGAGCGCCCUUGAAAUCUUUAUGAAGGCUGCCAUUAACGGUCGACCUGCCCGGUUCGACCCAUUUGUUCUAGAUCUUCCUUGGCGUGAAGUAGCCGGGACGAUCAAACAAAAACUACGAUUUGGAGUUGUUCCAGAAGACCCGGUCUUCCCCAUCCAUCCACCAGUCAAGAAAGCAGUGGCCGAAGCAAUCAAACUUCUUGAAGCAAACGGUCACGAGAUUGUUUUCCUCCAGCCUGAAGAAUGUCUCGUUGCCAAAUCAGCUCUAGUAGCAUGGGCACUCAUGGACCUUGAUGACAAGGCUGACCGUGUCGUAGAAGCUGGCGGCGAGGCACCCAUCCCUGCCCGCGUCAGAAUGAGAGAAGAGAUGGCAAAGCUCGAUUGGAGCUGCAUUGCCGAUGUGGACAGUAAGCCAGGUUUGGCAAGGCUUUCAGGACUCACGGUCAAGAGGAAUGAGAUCAUCAAUGCAUGGCGCAAGCUGUGGCAGCAUCAUCAGUUGGAUGCUGUGAUUGGGCCGCCUGCUCAGAAUACAGCCGUAGAACACGACGAGUAUGGAAUUCCUCCAUACACACAGCUGUUGAACUUUCUCGAUUAUCCUGCCUGUGUGAUUCCGUUCAACCAGGCACGGAGCUCCAAUCCUCCCGAGGAAUUCGAAACCAAGGCCUACCAAAAUGCUCCCAAAUAUAACCCUGGAAACUUGGAAGGUGCCCCAUGCUCGAUACAGGUGUUUACCCAGAAAAUGCGUGAUGAGGAGUGUAUGGAAAUUGCCAAAAUAGUUGAUCGAUGCCUGCAUUGA